GAUGUUUCUGUGUGUGAGCUGGAGAAGGGAAGACUGCGCAGAACCGCAAGAGUUAGCGAGGGAGUACGACUCGUCUUCCAAAACAAAGAGACGCUUCACACAGGGAUAGAGCAACGACAACAGCAAGGAACCCUGAAGGUUUGCGACAUCUAGAAGAAUGUCAUCUCAAGAAAAAGGCUACAAUAUUCCAGGCGAGAACAACCCCCUCCAGAACUCAGUUUUUGGCUUCCAGCAACCAGGUGGUUUUGGGGCACCCCCACCCGGCUAUGGUCCGCCCCCACCCUCUUACGGGGGGCCAACACCCACAUAUGGGGGCCCUGGCUUUACCCCCGAAGCCUUUGGCCAGCCAGCUUUCCCGCAGGGGGCACCAGGCUUCGGACAGCCCCCCUACCCUGGCCAGCAGCCGCCAUUUCCACAGAUGCCCUUUCCACAGAUGCCCUUUCCCCAAGGACCCUCUCCCUACCAACAAGGACCACAGCCGGGAUUCCCACCCAAGGGGCCUUGCCAUACUGAUGAUCCAUCUGUUCCUCUAAACAGUCCUGGAUACCACCAUGGAGACAUUCCCCCCUCUUACUACGACAAUGAAGACUUCACCCCCUCAAACUGGGAAGACAAGAUCAUUCGCCAGGCCUUUAUCCGCAAGGUGUUCAUGGUGUUGACUUUGCAGCUGAUGGUAACCUUUUCAUUUGUGGCCGUGUUCACGUUUGUGGAUGAAGCAAAGGUGUUUGUGCGCCGUCAUCCCUGGACCUACUAUGUGUCCUACGCUGUCUUCUUUGUAUCUCUCAUCGCGCUGAGCUGCUGCGGGGAAUUUAGGCGCAAGCACCCAUGGAACCUUAUUGCCCUGUCUAUUCUGACCCUAAGCAUGUCCUACAUGGUGGGGAUGAUUGCAAGCUUCUACGACACAGACUCUGUGAUAAUGGCAGUGGGGAUCACUGCAGUGGUCUGCUUUACUGUGGUCCUGUUCUCUCUGCAGUCAAAAUACGACUUCACCUCCUGUCGAGGUGUGCUGUUCGUGUGCCUCAUUGUGCUGAUCCUCUUCUCCAUUCUAUGCAUCUUCAUCCGGAACCGUAUCCUGCACAUUGUCUAUGCCUCUAUCGGAGCCCUUCUCUUUACUUGUUUCCUGGCCGUGGACACCCAGAUGCUCCUUGGAAACAAGCAGCUAGCUUUGAGCCCUGAGGAAUACAUCUUUGCUGCCCUCAAUCUCUACACAGAUAUCAUCAACAUUUUCCUUUACAUUCUGGCCAUCAUUGGCAGGGCCCGGGAGUGAGAUGGAGCAAAGAUUGGAUGCUUUGUCAGAAGUAACAGAAGCAGCUGCAAUACCCUACCUACUUUUCUCUGAACACUCAAUAUGUUUAUUCUGUAUGCACAGAGCGAUCCUGUUUUUUCACAUUGGUUAUUUAUUUUACAGCAGUUUACUUCUUAGUGCUGUCUAUUAAAUAUAUAAUGAUACCUGAUAGAAACCAUGUGUGAAAUAAUUUAAAAAAAAACUAACAAAAGUAAUGUUUUUUACAAAACGCCUGUUUCCUUUCCACCAGUUGCAAUCUUCUGGUGACUUUUUUCAUUAGUGAAAAGGUAUAUGAGCAGCUUUGUCCUGUCACCUGACUUGCAAAACUCCAUGUACCAUACUAACAUUGCUUUUAGUUCAUUAAGCUGUGUUCAAAUGUCAACUACGAUCCAUGUGAUGGCUAGUGUCUGACACAUUAUUUAGGUGACUAUUCUAAUCGAAGUCAAGUUGCAGAAAAAAAAGAUUGUCACAGGUUGAAACUAUGUAAAAUGUUAGUAACCAAUGCUGAAAUGUUGUUUUUUUGCACAAAUGACUGGAAGAUAUCCUUUGGCUAGCUGAAACCUCCCUGUUAACUUAUUUUUGUGAUGUUAAAAAUGCAUGACAAAAUAAGAGAAGUUUUUUAUUGUUUGAAAAAAGAAAACUAAAAGCAGUAAGAAAGUCCUGUUGUAAAUAUACUAAAUGCAUUGCUAUAUGUUCAUUAAUAUAUCGAUAUACUGGAAAAGAAUUAAUGUGCUACCAAUAAUAAAAAUAGCAUUUUAUCCCCUGCUGAUGCUAGAUGUUGUAGAGAGGAUUUUCCCUUUGGCUGACUGCCCUAUAUGCUGUUCUUGCUUUUCUACUAUGAAGAUAUUCAUUUUCAAGUGCAUUCCAUGCACAAGCUCACCUGUGGAAGACUGCAACAGGAAGCGUAUGUUGUGCUUUACAGAACAUAAGAUUAACCUACUAACAUAAGAGCCAUUUAAUUCCUAGGAUUAUGUGACCUUGCAGUCUAUGACUGAAACCCAGCAGUUUAAAUUGAUAAAGUUGUGCUGAAAUUAUCACUCUUUAUUCAGAAGGACGCAGUUAAUAAUUGGUGUUAAUACCAAACUGUCCAUGAAAUAAAAAUAAAUAAGGUUAACUACAAAAUUAGAAUAUAUUAUUUUCUGUUGUAUUCUUUUUCACUUGUUUUGUUUGUGUGUGUGUGUGGUUUGUUUUUUAAAAUAGUGUAACCAUAAUGUGAAUUCAGUUUCUCUAGAAGUUAUAGUGGAUGUAAGUUGUUCUCAUCUGAAUUCAAAGGGCAGGUUCUUAAGACAAAUAUUAUAUUUAAAGAAAUGUGCUUUACCUAACUGGUUUUCAUAUAUGCAUUUUGUUGAAGGCUGUAUGUGAUGUUCCCCUAACCUUUGGUGGCAGACUGCAAAACCAUAGUGAUGUGUGUAGUCUAAAAUACCCCAAUCAGCACUAAUCUCAGACAACAUUUACGUAGGCAGUCCAAUAUUAGUGUAUUUAUUUUGGCCUUGAAUGUUUGCGGGGUGUCCAUCUGACACUGCUAGGUAACUGAACUUUGUAUUGAACCAAAAGCCUCAAAGUAAACAAACUAGCAGUGCCCAAUGCAAAAUGGAAGGGUCUUCACAAUUUCAAUUUAAAAACAUUUUUUGUUCUUUUGAGUUUGUAAUUUUGUUUUAAUUGCAUGUACUUUUGCAUGUGUGCAUUCUGCAUUUUUGCAGCUGAUUCACACCGAUUUGGUUUAAAUUGAAAUUAUUUUAUUGUACAGUAGAUGCACACUGUAACAGUAUACCUUUCAGUUAAUGUUCUGUUUGUAUAUAUAGUUAAUCCAGGGUUGCCUCUAAAACAGUAGACUCUGAUAAUGGAUGAAGACUUGUAUAGUUCCUGCCUUUUGUAGUUCUGUUUGCACUGUAAAACUUAAAUAAUAUAAUUUUGACAUGAGAUGUUCCACUGCAAUGCUGUUUGCUGUUCAUUAAACAAACAAUUAAACUGA